GACUCCGUCAAGGUCGCCAUGCCCGCCAUGCUCGCCCAUCAGUUGGUGGAUGCUGCGAUUUCUCGCGGUAAAAGUACUGUUGAUAACCUCAAAAGCAAACCUGGAUACCUCAAGUGGACUGUUGAACGUGUAGAACAGCCCGUACUGUAUGUUGCCGAUACAAACCUGGCCAAGGCGGCAUUGAAAGCCGGUGAUCACGCUCUCACGAUUGCCGACCAGACCAUCGACAAAGCUAUGAACACUCAUGCAUACAAAUCGACCCAUGCCUUUGUCAAGACCACAUAUUCGACCAAGGUCCAGCCUGUCAUCGAGAAGAGGAUAGUUCCGGCCACCAAUGCUGUUUCCUCUGGCAUUGCUACCACCACCUCCACCAUUGUCAAUGCGCCCGCCAAGACGUACGAGGCAACCAUGACCUUCGCUGACCGCCAAGUAGAUUACUUCCUGCCUGAGAAGGACCAACAGCUGGACAAGGACCUCAAGAAGUCCCCAGUCGGGAUCACGUUGAAGGUCUCUCGUAGGACUGGUCGUAGGGUCAUAGCCGUGAAGAACAGGGUCCACAAGGCUGCCUCCUGGGUGGUGGACACAGCUCGGCCCUCCAAUGUGAAGCGCCAGGCCACCAAAACCUACAGCAAUAUCUUCUCUGCCUUGGAUGGAUUUGUUGACAAGUACCUUCCUGACGACGACAAGAUUGUGGCAAAAGGACCCAUCGUGUUGACGAAGAAGGUCAUGACUCGUGGUAAGAAACGAGGACUCGCUGCUGCACGAUCAGCCAUGCUCGCGGUCAAGACCUCUCCUCAAACCUUCAAGAGAAUCCUUUCGGACACCGUCAAGGGUGCGAAGUUGAGGAUCAGCAACACCUACAUUGCCACCUGCAAGAGUGUGAACAACUUCCAUCAAGCACGAAUCCAACCAUUGGUCGAGAGCGCUCAGACAAGGGCCUUGGCUGUUGUCAAGAGCACGGACUCUGUGCUCUUGAAAUAUCCCCUCACAGCCAAGAUCAGGAAUGUCACCGUUUCGCAAUUUGAAAAGCAUUUGGCUCCACUGCUCGGCAGGCUCCUCUCGUUGAACUCGGCUCCUUCCUCUAAGGCAAUUCAGCAAGAGAACAGGAAGAGUUCGGCUGAUGAGUCGAAGGAGACUCCUGCUCCCGAAACUUCGUCUGCAUCGGCAAAGUCGAAGAAGUCAGUGGACUCUGACAGCUCGAAGGAGGAAGCAGAUUCCAAGGAAGAUGAGGAGUGAACACUCGGUCGUCUUCGCCGGGCCAUCACAUGGUCCCUGUUAAUAGAGUGAUUGGUCCUUGACGAAUAUUUUAUUUUGAAUGAAGACUAACUGUUGAU